GAAAAUAGUAAUUACUCUUAACUUGACCUUUCUCCCGAUUUCCCACGGAAAAACAAAGAAAUUUGCAUAAAAAUUUGAAAGGCAACGAACAGCAAGAGGAGUGUUCUUUUAGUUAAUAGGAAAACUUGGUGGAUGGCGUCGUCGAAAGGCGGAGGAGCGGCGAGAAUAGGGGAAAUGGAGAAGAUGAGUGUAGAGCAACUAAAAGCGUUAAAAGAGCAAACAGAUCUUGAAGUCAAUUUAUUACAAGACAGCCUCAACAACAUUCGUACCGCCACUACUCGCCUCGAAAUUGCAUCCACUGCCCUCCACGAUCUCUCCCUCCGUCCUCAAGGGAAGAAAAUGUUAGUGCCUCUCACUGCGUCGCUAUAUGUCCCUGGAACUCUCGAUGAAGCUGAUAAAGUACUCGUUGAUAUAGGCACUGGUUACUUUGUUGAGAAAACAAUGUCUGAAGGAAAGGAUUAUUGUGAGCGCAAGAUUAACUUGCUGAAAUCUAAUUUCGAUCAGCUCAUUGAGGAUUGGCUUAAUCGGGCCCUUACUACCUCUUUGCUUCCCCUUCAACUAUACAAGCAUGAGCCCUUCAAAUCAAAAUGUUGCCAUUUACGAGGGGUUUCUUUUUUUUCCAUUGUGGUGUCGACUUAUCCUUCUUGCUUCCAAGAAGAAGAUGGUAGCGGAUGAAGUUGGGGCAGUUUUACAGGCUAAGUUGAAGCAGUUGGCCCCUGCAACAUAGAUAUUCUGUGGAUCUUGUAAUAUUUUAUUAGAUCAUUGAAUGUGGAACACUGUUAAAGUUACUGCUUAGAGAAAAAGUGUCUUUUACAGGUGAUCUUAACUUUGCCAGCCAAAAGUUUUAUUUUUGCAUAGGGAGUGGGAAGGAUGUUUUUGCGAUUGGAAACCAAGUCAUCUAGUGAUUCAAGCAAUUAAAUCCAAAGUCUAAACUGAGAGUUUAAUGUUGAUGACAUCCAGUCUACUGUAAUGAAUUUUUUAAGCUUGCCAUUUUGUUUA